AUGGCCAAACGAACUUACUCUCAAGCUACAAAAUUGCGCGAAGAAGCGCGCCGAAAGCGUUGCAAGAGUGAAGAAGUCGACGAACUGCGCUUGCCACCUCCUCGAGCCCGCCUUUCACAGUCAUCCUCACUUUUCCAGAGCUUUCGCGGACCUGUAUCUUUUGAUAUCCACUCGGACAGCGAUAACGUCGACACCGCACCAGCGAAUAGCAACGGAUCAUCUGUGUUUGACAGGGCCCUAGGAGGCAAGCUCAAGCCGGUCAAGCCUAUGCGGAACCACAGUAUCUACGGCAGUCGAGAGAAAUUUGAGGCCACCAUGAACGACCAGAACUUCGUGAAGGGUAGCAAGCAGGCGGCGCGAAGCCAGCUUCCCACGCCACCCACCGAGAUCCAGAAGCAGCAAGGCCAACGGGCGAGCAAGUUCUUUCCGGGUCUUCAAGGAGCUGCAAGCCUGGCAAACCAGGUUACCAAGCCGUCAUGGUCGCGCAAGGAGGCCAUUAAGCCGCCUCUGGAGGAGGUCAUCAAGCCAGACGAGCCGAAGCAGCCAUACGUCCCGAAACAGUACAUCGCGGAUAAGUCUUGCCCGCCGCAUAGGAACAUCUGCGGUGAUCGCCUGUCUAGCAAUUCGAAAGAGGCACAGCUAUGGACUGAUAACCAGCGCAACUCGCCGUUGCUACGACUGCCAGGAGAAAUCCGCAACCGGAUCUACGAACACGUACUUGGAGGAAACACCAUCCGGAUCAGAUACGAGACCUACCGCCCGAACAACAAAGACGACGCGCUCUCCAGGGUCGUGCCUGUGUUCAAAUACCACUGCACAGUCUUCCAUAAGCGGGUCGAUCCGUACAAGCUCAAGCAGCUACCCGACGUCGAGACCUCUACUGGUUUCCCUCUACUCAACGAUGUCUGUAGACAGCUCUAUCUGGAGACCGGCCCGCUCCCUUUCAAGCUCAACACGAUCGCCUUCGAGAAGUACAACACCAUGUUCAACUUCCUCGUCCAUGAGCAGCGUCUCACUCGCCAACAGCGCCAGGCUCUCACCAAGAUCAUCAUAUGGGAUGAGCUGCCUGGCGCGAACGUGCUCACCUACCUCCCCAAUCUGGAGAAAGUGUUUCUUGGAAGCAGCGAGCAUGACUCAUGGUAUCGUGGCUGGUACAAAGUCCUGCGCCGGGAUGGAAAAGAGCCGGAGCUUGCGAAUGACCAUUGA